AUGGAUGGAUACAAGCUCUUUAGGAGGGACGGGCCAGGAGGACAAGGAGGUGGAGCUGCCAUUGGCAUGAGACAGCAGGGACCUCUGCCUGGGGAUGGCGGCACCGACCGCUCAGGUGCCCCGCCGGGAGCCGGGGAAGGGGCGCAAACCCUACCCGAAGCAUUGUCCCUUGGCGGGCUCCGGCAGAGGAGGAAAGUUGCUCCCUUUUCUGCAGCAAGCCUAGGAGCUGCUGACCUGUCCUCACCUGGAAGAACUGAGCAGUUCCCACCUUUCCCAUCAGGUGUCUUUGCCGCAGCAAAGCCACCGUAUCCGGGAGACAACGGGGAGCAGAAUAACGCCACCGCCGCCGCACAGCGCUUGUUAUCUGGUCUGUCUCGCCGUGCUCCCGGGAUCGCAGGAGGAUCUAAGGGCUGUGAUCUGUCACCGCGGAGAAGGAGGGAUCUUAAUGGAAAUAACAUCACAAGAAUCACCAAGACCGACUUUGCUGGUCUGAGGCACCUUCGAGUUCUUCAGCUCAUGGAGAACAAGAUCAGUACUAUUGAAAGAGGAGCAUUCCAGGAUUUAAAAGAACUGGAGAGGCUGCGUCUGAACAGAAAUAACCUUCAGUUGCUUUCUGAACUGCUCUUUCUGGGGACACCGAAGUUAUACAGGCUUGAUCUUAGUGAAAAUCAGAUUCAAGCAAUACCAAGGAAGGCUUUCCGAGGCGCCGUAGACAUAAAAAAUCUGCAACUGGAUUACAACCAGAUCAGCUGUAUUGAAGAUGGGGCAUUUAGGGCUCUACGUGACCUGGAAGUGCUCACUCUCAACAAUAACAACAUCACUCGACUAUCCGUGGCAAGUUUCAAUCAUAUGCCCAAACUCAGAACUUUUCGACUUCACUCCAACAACCUCUACUGCGAUUGCCACUUGGCCUGGCUCUCGGACUGGCUGCGGCAGCGGCCCCGCGUGGGCCUCUACACCCAGUGCAUGGGCCCGUCCCACCUCCGGGGGCACAACGUAGCUGAGGUUCAGAAACGGGAAUUUGUCUGCAGUGAUGAGGAAGAAGGUCAUCAGUCUUUUAUGGCUCCGUCCUGCAGUGUCUUGCAUUGCCCUACUGCGUGCACCUGUAGUAACAACAUUGUGGAUUGUCGUGGGAAAGGCCUUACUGAAAUCCCAACAAAUCUUCCAGAAACCAUUACUGAAAUACGGUUAGAACAAAAUUCAAUCAAGGUCAUACCUCCUGGAGCUUUCUCACCAUACAAAAAGCUUCGAAGAAUUGACCUGAGCAAUAACCAGAUCUCUGAAGCAGCUCCAGAUGCUUUCCAGGGUUUACGUUCGCUCAACUCACUUGUCCUCUAUGGCAAUAAAAUUACAGAACUUCCAAAGGGCCUGUUUGAAGGACUCUUUUCUCUGCAGUUGCUAUUAUUAAAUGCCAACAAGAUCAAUUGCCUGCGAGUUGAUGCUUUUCAAGAUCUGCACAACUUGAAUCUCCUUUCUUUGUAUGAUAACAAGCUUCAGACCAUUGCAAAAGGCACCUUCUCACCCCUACGUGCCAUUCAGACUCUGCAUUUGGCUCAGAACCCAUUUAUCUGUGACUGCCAUCUGAAGUGGCUGGGGGGGGGUUUCCAUACAAACCCCAUUGAGACUAGCGGUGCCCGUUGCACCAGCCCCCGCCGUCUGGCAAACAAAAGGAUCGGCCAGAUCAAAAGCAAGAAAUUCCGCUGCUCAGGCACUGAAGAUUACAGAUCCAAAUUAAGUGGAGACUGCUUUGCGGAUUUGGCUUGCCCUGAAAAAUGUCGCUGUGAAGGGACCACAGUGGACUGCUCCAAUCAGAAACUCAACAAAAUUCCUGAUCACAUUCCCCAGUACACAGCAGAGUUGCGACUCAAUAACAAUGAAUUUUCCGUCCUGGAAGCUACUGGCAUCUUUAAGAAGCUUCCUCAGCUGCGUAAAAUAAAUCUGAGCAAUAACAAGAUUACGGAUAUCGAAGAAGGAGCAUUUGAUGGAGCCUCUGGUGUGAAUGAAUUAUUACUCACAAGUAAUCGUUUGGAAAGUGUUCGACACAAAAUGUUCAAAGGACUAGAAAGUCUCAAAACACUGAUGCUAAGAAGCAAUCGCAUAAGCUGUGUAGGAAACGAUAGCUUCACAGGACUAAGUUCUGUCCGUUUGUUGUCGUUAUAUGACAACCAGAUUACUACCGUUGCGCCAGGCUCCUUUGAUACACUUCAUUCGCUCUCUACGUUAAACCUCUUGGCCAAUCCCUUCAACUGUAACUGCCAUCUCGCGUGGCUUGGAGAUUGGUUAAGGAAGAAACGCAUCGUAACGGGAAACCCUCGCUGUCAAAAACCCUACUUCCUUAAGGAGAUUCCUAUCCAGGAUGUGGCAAUUCAGGAUUUUACAUGUGAUGAUGGAAACGAUGACAAUAGCUGCUCUCCACUGUCCCGCUGUCCUGCAGAAUGUACUUGUCUAGACACAGUAGUUCGCUGCAGCAACAAAGGCCUAAAAGCUUUGCCUAAAGGCAUCCCAAAAGAUGUAACUGAACUUUAUUUGGAUGGAAAUCAAUUUACCCUUGUUCCAAAAGAACUUUCUAACUACAAGCAUUUAACGCUUAUAGAUUUAAGUAACAACAGAAUCAGCACUCUUUCUAAUCAGAGCUUCAGCAACAUGACUCAGCUGCUCACCUUAAUUCUUAGUUACAACCGCCUGAGGUGUAUCCCUGCACGGACUUUUGAUGGCUUGAAAUCACUUAGGUUGUUGUCUUUACAUGGUAAUGAUAUUUCUGUUGUUCCUGAAGGAGCUUUUAAUGAUCUUUCAGCGUUAUCACACCUGGCUAUUGGAGCAAAUCCUCUUUAUUGUGAUUGUAACAUGCAGUGGCUCUCUGACUGGGUAAAAUCAGAAUACAAAGAACCUGGUAUUGCACGUUGUGCUGGUCCUGGAGAAAUGGCAGAUAAACUUCUUCUCACAACUCCCUCGAAAAAAUUUACUUGCCAAGGGCCUGUGGAUGUUAAUAUUCUUGCCAAGUGUAAUCCCUGCUUAUCAAAUCCAUGUAAAAAUGAUGGAACCUGCAACAAUGAUCCGGUUGACUUUUAUAGAUGUACAUGCCCAUACGGUUUCAAGGGUCAAGACUGUGAUAUUCCCAUUCACGCCUGCAUUAGUAACCCUUGCCACCAUGGAGGAACUUGUCAUUUAAAAGAAGGCGAAAAAGAUGGUUUCUGGUGCACUUGUGCAGAUGGAUUUGAAGGUGAAAACUGUGAAGUUAAUGUUGAUGACUGUGAAGACAAUGACUGUGAAAACAAUUCUACUUGUGUGGAUGGAAUUAAUAACUAUACCUGCCUUUGUCCGCCUGAAUAUACAGCUGCUAAUCUGAAUGAGGUGGAAAAAGGUGAGCUCUGUGAGGAGAAACUAGAUUUCUGUGCUCAAGACCUGAAUCCUUGCCAGCAUGACUCAAAGUGUAUCUUGACACCCAAAGGCUUUAAAUGUGAUUGCACACCUGGAUAUGUAGGUGAGCACUGUGAUAUUGACUUUGAUGAUUGCCAGGACAACAAAUGUAAAAACGGAGCACAGUGUACCGAUGCAGUUAAUGGAUAUACAUGUAUUUGUCCAGAAGGAUACAGUGGCCUAUUUUGUGAGUUUUCACCACCAAUGGUUCUACCUCGCACCAGCCCUUGUGAUAAUUACGAAUGUCAAAACGGAGCCCAGUGUAUCAUAAAAGAGAGUGAACCAAGAUGUCAGUGUUUAUCUGGCUACCAGGGUGAGAAGUGUGAAAAGCUGAUCAGUAUAAACUUUGUGAACAAGGAAUCCUACCUACAAAUCCCAUCAGCUAAGAUACGCCCCCAAACCAACAUCACUCUGCAGAUUGCCACAGAUGAAGACAGUGGGAUCCUGCUGUACAAAGGCGAUAAAGAUCAUAUAGCAGUAGAGCUGUACCGUGGUAGAGUGAGGGUCAGUUAUGACACAGGAUCUUAUCCAGCCUCUGCUAUUUACAGUGUGGAGACUAUUAAUGAUGGCAAUUUCCACAUUGUGGAGCUGCUAGCCAUGGAUCAGAUUCUGUCUUUGUCUAUUGAUGGAGGGAGCCCCAAGAUAAUUACCAAUUUGUCCAAACAAUCCACUCUGAAUUUUGACUCUCCACUAUAUGUAGGAGGCAUGCCUGUGAAAAAUAACUUUGCAGCUUUACGCCAGUCUCCAGGACAGAAUGGUACCAGCUUCCAUGGCUGCAUCCGUAAUCUGUAUAUCAACAGUGAGCUCCAGGACUUCAGAAAUGUGCCGCUGCAAGUGGGGAUUCUUCCAGGUUGCGAGCCUUGCCAUAAGAAAGUGUGUGUGCAUGGGACAUGCCAGGCUACCAGCCAGUCAGGCUUUUCCUGCGAGUGUGAAGGAGGAUGGACUGGACCCCUCUGUGAUCAGCAAACUAAUGACCCUUGUCUUGGAAAUAAAUGUGUGCAUGGUACCUGCUUGCCGAUCAAUGCAUUUUCAUACAGUUGUAAAUGCCUGCAGGGACAUGGGGGAGUCCUCUGUGAUGAAGAGGAAAUGCUGUUUAACCCCUGCCAAUCCAUCAGGUGUAAACAUGGCAAAUGCAGGCUUUCAGGACUUGGGAAACCAUAUUGCGAAUGCAGCAGCGGAUACACAGGGGACAGCUGUGAUAAAGCCAAAUCCAAUGAUUCUGCUCCUAGUUUUAUCACAAACUCUACUUUUGACCUCUCAGCUUCAACUGAUUUAUCACAGCGAAUUAUGCAGAAAUCUCUUGUCGAGGGGAACGAGUCCGAGAUUACUACCAAAAGCAGCAAGGGUAUGCUGCGUGCCAGACGACCAAGAAGGUAUCGAGACUAGAAUGUAAAGGAGGAUGCUCAAAUGGGCAGUGCUGUGGACCGCUCAGGAGCAAGAGACGGAAAUAUUCUUUUGAAUGCACUGAUGGGUCCUCGUUUGUGGACGAGGUUGAAAAAGUGGUAAAGUGUGGCUGUACAAAUUGCCCCUCCUAAAUGUGUCCCUGUCACACUUGUCUUUUGAAAAUGUUGUAUACUUAUUGACCGUGUCGGACUAAUUAAUGCUUCAUAGUGGAAAUAUUUGAAAUAUAUUGUAAAAUACAGAACAGACUUAUUUUUAUUAUGAGAAUAAAGACUUUUUCUUCAUUUGCAAAAAGAUUCAAGUGCUUGAACUGAGACUUCUCAUAACCAAGAGGAGCUUUGAAGAAAAAAAAAGACCUGGUAACAUUGCAACAGUGAUGGGAAACUUAACUGCUUUUAACAUGGAUUCUUCUUUAUAACAUGCUGAAGAUACACUGACACUAUACACAUGUGACUUUCAACUGACAGCUCAGAGAUGAAAUGUUGACCAGAACAUGAGGCUUGUUUUUUCACUUUCUUAUCAGUAUAUUUUAUUGUCUUGACAGACCAUACCAAUCACUUACCUAUGGAUGAGGAAGCAUUUUGAGUGGAAAAGAAGGAGAUUAUACAGAAAUAACAAUUGUAUUAGAUAAAUUUUAUGUUUUGGAAUUAUUAAGGAUCUUGAGAAGAUGGGGGCCAAUUAGUGGAUGGGAAAUGGGAGAUACAAGAAUAUACUAUAAUCCUAAAAUCUCCUGAUGAUGUAUACGUUUAUGUCAGCAUGUUAGCAAAAGAAGCAUACAGAAAGUGUUUAUCUGCCCUUUUCCAGUAUUAAUUUUUUGUAAUAUAAAUGUUAUGGGGAUGAUAAAAAUAGAUUAUUGAUGGAUAAAUUAGUAAUAAUAUGGAUUUCUGUUUCUAUGAGUUCUAAACAACUCUAUACAGUAUUCGGUUUCAUUGAGAAAUAUUUAUUGUAUCAAAGUACUUUGUACUUAACCCUUUUAGGCCACCCCUUUUACUGUUUUUCAAUGCUUUAAUAUAUAUUAAUUUAUAUUUGUCCUGGUAUUUUUGUAUUUGUUUUUUUUUUUUUUUUUUAAAAAGACUUAAAAAUCAGGAUUUUUGCAAUAGAACUAACGUAGCAUGUCGUCUUGGGGUAAAUGUUUUUGGUCUGUUUUUUCUCCCCUUCCCCUUCCCUAUUGCUUUUCCUUUUAAUCUGACCACUUGGUGUCACUGAAUCUGAAAGUGAUGACAAUCUGCAGUUUUCACAUACAGCAGAUAUUCAGGACACCUUCCAAGAACCUGUAAUAUAUGACAAAAUAUCUUUACACUAGAUGGCAAUUGUAUAGAAGUUAAUUUUCCCCUAUAUACAGUACUUACAGAAGAUAAGAUGGCAUGUAGAAAAUGACAUUAGAAAGUAGAUCUUUAUAAAUUAAUAUUCCCAUGGGGCUUUUUACCUUUUUUACAAAAAAAAAAAAAAAGGCUGUCCUAUCAAGAACUGUGACUUUCCCCAAAUAAUAAAACUACUUUACUGCCCUAAUGUUCCCCACGUUAACAUGUUGCUGCUAAAUUAUAAUGUAGAAUUGGUAAUCAUUAAUAGUGGGUUGUGUUCUUCUUUGAGUAAAACCCAGGGUACCCUGUAAAAAAUGCAGAUGUUUUUCAAUUUUAUUUUAUUAUUUUUUUUACAAAAAAGUUAGAUGUACAUGUGUAAUGCAGUGUGCUUUGUCUUAUCUGGACUGAUAUCAGUAAUAAUACUGAUGUUUGUAAAUUAAACAGAUAUU